GUAUGCUGGUAUGGCCUUUACAUGUAAACAAAACAAAACUUCACAGUCACACACGAUACUACAUGCUGUUCUGUAAAAGCUAUCGCGAUCUUUGUGAAUUUGUAUACUUUGCCAAUUUUCUGUGUUUUUUACUUUAAUAUUAUUAUAUAUCACUUCAAUCAUAUAUUUAUAUCAAUAUAAUUUGGUGGUGUAGUGAUGUCUCCCGAGGAGUUUGCGUUGUUUGUAGUAGGAAUAUAUUUCCUAGGCCAAACCCUGGACGCAAAAAAUGCUGUGCAGCGGAGGCGAAGGAGACGCCGCAGCUCUACUCAUCGGGCAUUUGUUGCCGGCCUGCUUUACAGAAAAAUGGCUGUUCAGUCUAUUUUGACGGCAUAUGCUGGGACUAUUGUAGAAGAAAUCAACAACCGGCCAGAAAGAUUACCAGCUCUACAAAGAUCAGAUAAUUUUUGGAGUGUUGAUGUGUUGCAGCGUUUCGACGACCAACAGUGGAGACAGAAUUUUGAAUGAGUAGAACAACAUUUGAACGUCUCUGCCAGAUGCUGGCACCAUACCUGGUUCGUGAACGAAAUUUCGAAAGAGUGUUAACGGUGGAGAAGUGCGUGGCAAUAGCCAUUUAUAGGUUAUCAACUAAUUGCGAUUUAAGAUCGAUCGGGAAUGCAUUUGGAGUUGCACGGUCUACAGUAUGUGUCAUAGUGCAUUUAGUUUGCCAUCAUCUUUGCACACAUUUUCGAGACCAAUUUAUUGUUUGGCCUACUGGAAAUAAACUAGAUGAGACUGUGAAUGGUUUUCUCCGACUAUAUGGCUUUCCCCAGUGUGCUGGCGCAAUUGAUGGAAGCCACAUCCAAAUCCUUGCGCCUCACCAAUACCACACUGACUAUUCUAACCGGAAGGGGUGGCAUUCAAUUGUACUUCAAGCAGUUGCUGACCACAACUUGAGAUUUACAGAUGUGUUUGUUGGAUGGCCUGGUCGAGCACACGAUGCAAGGAUUUUAAGGAAUUCAGCCUAG